UUUGUUUAGCGCGGAGCCGAGCAGGGCUUGUCCCCAUGCCGACGCCUGGGCCUUGAUAUUCUCACUCCUUCCCUCGUCCACAUCAUUGCAGCUCGUAACACUCCAUCGCUCGUCUCCAGUCUACUCCUCUAGCCAGCUGAGCUCCUUCGCCGGCGGGGCGAGCCCAGCUCAUCUCAUCUCAUCAUAUCAUCAUCUUCCCCAUCUAUAUAAGCCCGCCUCUCUCCCCACUUAAGGCACGCCGAGUGUUAGCUAGCAGUACACAGAUAGUAAGUGUGUGAGGGCAGCGGCAAGUGCGAGCAUCAAUUAAGGUCAGGCAGAGCAGGGAGCCAGGGAGAGAGGGAUAAGCAAAGCAAGGAGACCCAUAGUUAAGAGUCCAAGGGAGGGAGGGAGACACGCAGCUCCUAUUGUAGUGGAUGGCAAUGAGGUCGAGGGGGUUGCAGAUGCGGCCGCGGCGGCAGCAGAGCCAGAGCCAGAGCCAGAGCGUCCUCGUCGGCGUGUUGCUGCUGCUGCUGGCGACGGCGGCGCCGCAGGUCGCAGCGGCGGCGGGGCUGAGCCAGAACUACUACGCCAAGACUUGCCCCAACGUGGAGGCGCUGGUCCGCGGCGCCGUCACCCAGAAGCUGCAGGAGACCUUCAACGCCGCGCCCGGCACCCUCCGCCUCUUCUUCCACGACUGCUUCGUCAGGGGGUGCGACGCGUCGGUGCUCAUCUCCGGGCCGGGCGACGAGCACAGCGCGGGCGCGGACACGACGCUGUCGCCGGACGCGCUGGACCUCAUCACCCGCGCCAAGGCCGCCGUCGACGCCGACGCCAGCUGCUCCAACAAGGUCUCCUGCGCCGACAUCCUCGCCCUCGCCACCCGCGACGUCGUCCAGCAGGCGGGAGGGCCGUCGUACCCGGUGGAGCUGGGGCGGCUGGACGGCAAGGUGGGCACGCGGGCCGUGGUGAAGCACAGCCUCCCCGGCGCCGGCUUCACGCUGGACCAGCUCAACAAGCUCUUCGCCGUCAACGGCCUCACCCAGACCGACAUGAUCGCCCUCUCAGGGGGGCACACGAUCGGGGUGACGCACUGCGACAAGUUCGUGAGGCGGCUGUACACGUUCAAGGGGGCGAGGCCGCAGUACAGCCCGCCGAUGAACCUGGCCUUCCUGCGGCAGAUGCGGGGGACGUGCCCGCUCAACUACAGCCCGGCCACCGUCGCCAUGCUCGACGCCGUCACGCCGCUCAAGUUCGACAACGGCUACUACCAGACGCUGCAGCAGCAGAAGGGCCUGCUGUCGUCCGACCAGGUGCUCUUCGCCGACCGCCGCUCCCGGGCCACCGUCAACCACUUCGCCGCCAACCAGACCGCCUUCUUCGACGCCUUCGUCGCCGCCAUGGCCAAGCUCGGCCGCAUCGGGGUCAAGACCGCCGGCUCCGACGGCGAGAUCCGGCGGGUCUGCACCAAGGUCAACUAAUAUCAAUAUAUCAUGGUAGCUGCAGCUGCCAUGGUAGUAGCAUCACACGUACAUUCAGUAGAGAGCGUAAAUGGAUGGACGGGCCAAUCAAUUCCAUAUGCUCACACAUGUCGAUCGAUCAUAUUGUCAUAGCCGAUUUGUUCCAGCCCGAUUCUUUUCUUCACCAUGUAAUAAAGCAUGUAGAUGCCAUGGGAUAGGAGGCGAAGUUGCGUCGAUGUAAAUGUUACGGUUUGGUCCGGUUAAUCAACAGGUAUAUCCCAUACUAUGAAUGAAUAUCAAGUUAUUCUUUGAUGCAA